AUGCCUCGCGCGUGGGAAGAGUACGCAGCCGGCGGUGAGAACCCUAGCGCGUUCAUGCGAUCACCGACUGGAGCGCCUUACAAGAUAGUCUCCAUCGAAGGCAAAGGCCGCGGUGUCGUUGCAACCCGCGACAUCAAAGCUGGCGAGAUCGUUCUGCAGGAGUCACCCGUCCUGAUUAUGCCACACCCCGAUUUUGUGCCGCUGAUCUUCCUCCUCUUACCCAAGGAGGCCCUGGAAGCUAUCUUGCUCUUGCAUAACGCGCGACCUAACGAAAUGCGGUUCACGAAGGAGAGAGGAGACAACGCCCACAACAGGCUCCUAGAUACACUCAUGGGUUGCGUAAACUCUAAUUCAUUCAAAGGGGAGGCGUCAUUUGGUCCAAUUGGAAUGGUUCUUUUGACUGGAUCCAUGUUCAAUCACGAAAGUAACUCAAACGUCAGGAGGCAUUGGGAUCAGCAGCUGGAGCAGAUGGUGUUCAAGACCGUUCGAGAUGUCAAGGAGGGCGAGGAGUUCACGGUCCAUUACUCCGACUCUGCAGAGGAUCUGAAGAAGUACGGUAUCUGA